CAACGUAAAUCUACACUUCCGUGGUUUCUUCAACGCCAUUCUCUUCUUUUUUCGAUCUAGAUUUGAUCGCUUAUUCCUUCACACACAUACACCACAUAUUUCUAUAAUCUACCUAACCUAGGAACCUACCAACCACCUAUUCACAAAAGCCAAUUGCGAUUAGGAUCAGUGUAAUGGAUCAUCCAUCGAGGGUAUUGGAACAGGCACGAGAGCAUCUCGAAGCCCUCAAGCAAUCCGGUCUUAGCCAUGACGCUCUGAUCGCCUUAUUAGGGGAAACAUCACAACAGCAGCAGCAGCAGCAACAGCCGCAACAACAACAACGGCAAAAUUCAGGAGUAGCUGACCACUCUUCCAUACCAAAUUUCAGCUACAGCAAUCCCUUCACCCAACCCCCUAGAGAGCGAACAUCCGUUUCGUCCCGAUCUAGCUGCUCAAGCCGCGAUAGCGUCUUCUCCUCGACAUCAACACGAAGCUCAGUCUCAUCGACGACAGCCCUGUCGUCGGAAGCAAAGUUCUGGUGCACGUCCUGUGACAAGACCUUCAAGCGGAAGUUCGACUGGAAGCGGCACGAGGAGGAGUUCCACGAGCGAUCGCGAAAGUACCCGUGCCCGAACUGCAACCAGAGCUUCUGGGGCCCCAACACGUUCAACCAGCACCACAAGUCCGCCCACGGGUGCAAGACGUGCCCGCACGCCGAGACCGUCGUCAAGCACCUGCGGAAGCGGCGGGCCUGGGGCUGCGGCUUCUGCGCCGCCCUGCACGGCAAGUUCGAGAAGCACAUCGACCACGUCGCCGUGCACUUCGAGUCCGGCUUCACCAAGGUCAACUGGCUGCACUCCAACGUCAUCUACGGCCUGCUGCACCAGCACCUCAUCCACGAGGCCUGGAAGGCCCUCAUCGCCCGGAAGCAGAACGACUUCGGAGGACACCAGCCGAUGUUCAGCUGGAGCCCGGAGUCGACGGGCCGCGCGCAGGGGUUCGUUGAAAAUGAGAACCCCGGCCAGCUGCAGGACCUCCUCGAGUUCUUCGACGGCACCAAGGAGUCCGCCGAACACGUCGUCGAGAUGGCGUACACCUGCGUGCACGUCGUCUUCCGCCCACGCUCGACGUCGCUGAGCCAGGGGGGAACGCCGCAGCCGUCGCCGACCACGACGCCCAAACACAUCUCCGUGAUGCCCCGAUCACCCGCCAUGCCUCGACGCUCCGCAUCGACGUCCGCGAUCCCCGGCAUAACAGCCCGACACAGCCGCCGGGUCCCCUCCGCCGACUCCUCGCGGCACACCACCACCACCACCACCACCACCAUCCCCGCGCCCAUGCCGCCGAGCCUCAGCCUAGCGAUCCCACACCAGCCGCAACGGCAACGGCCGACCAUGCUCAGCACCUACCAAAGCUACCCCCUCCAACCACAGCCACCACCACCACAACAACAACCAGCACGCUUCACAACCGACAAAGCCCUCCCGCCCGCGCCGCUAGCGCCCUCUCCGACCUCGCCCAUGAACCUUGACUUCCCCAUCUUCAAUCCCGAUGAUGGGAUGCUGCCGCCGCUGGACCUGUUGUCGGAGGACUGGAGGAGCUUUGCGAGUACGCUGGUGGAGGAGGUGGAGGAGGAGCAGAACCAGAGCCAGUGUCAGCAGCAGCAGCAGAGCAGUUUGUCCGGGAGCCACUUUCCGCUGACGUGGGAGGACUUGGGGCACUAAUUAUGCCCCGAGUGGUGCCGUGGCUCGGCUGGAAAUGCAUAAUAAUAUUGAAUGAAACGAUGACGAUGAAGAUGAAUCUUUUUGUAUGAUAGCUGGAGCUGGGGCUGUGUCAUAUCUACCA